AUGGCUCCUGUGAUUCUUUCGCUAAACGACAUACAAGGCCCACUCAAUGUGGAAAUCGACCUGCAAGCCAACCGCAUCAUCAUCGGCUUCCCCAACCCAGAGCAGGCCAAGAACUACCACAAAAUCGUCCAAAGUCGCGACCGGAAUGGCUUAGUCUCUUGCCAGCUGGAUGGACACAAGACAUCGCUGCGUCUGCCGGGGAGAAUAGCCAGCAUCUCUGCCAGCACGCGAUGCGGCGGUCUGUGCUUCAACUUUGCAGACCUUGAGCUGGCCAAAUGGUGGGUGGGCGAGCUGCUGAUCUUCAAGUUUGUCGAAGGGAGCAAGAGAAAGGUCUAUGUUGACCGGCGCAUCGGCUGCCCCCCGGCCCAACAUACACCAGGGGGGCAGCAUACACCGGGGGGACAGCAUACACCCAUGGCCGUACAGAUGAUGGGGCAUACCCGCGGCCUGAGCAUUGGGACCAUUGGCACAAAUCGAAUCUCAACUUGA